ACUUGGACUGCAACAAGUAUCCCAGCUGAAGUCCAAGAAACCAAGGUGAGGAAGACGCUCGCCUACUGAAAGAUCGAUAUCAACGCCCUUUGCCAACUCCAUUCAGCAAUUUGAACCCCCAAACUCCAAGGCUCGCUCAAUCGUUAAACCAUGAUAAUGCUUUACGCUGCUACCGUGACCGCAUUGACACUGGCAGCCGUCUACGCUGACGACUUCUGCGACCAGUGGGGUACGGCCACGACGGAUAACUACAUCCUCUACAACAAUCUGUGGGGCGAAAGCUACGCCACGUCGGGCAGCCAGUGCACUGGUCUAGACAGCAGCAGCGGCUCGACCAUUUCCUGGCACACCAACUGGACGUGGGCCGGUGCCUCGUCGAAUGUCAAGUCGUACGCAAACGCCGCACUCCAGUUCGACGCCGUUCAGCUCUCCAGCAUCUCAUCUAUCCCGACAACCAUGGACUAUUCGCUCGACUACAGCGACACAAUCGUAGCCGACGUAUCGUACGAUCUGUUCACGAGCUCAACUUCUAACGGUGACAAUGAGUUUGAGGUCAUGAUCUGGCUGGCCGCUCUUGGGGGUGCUGGCCCGAUCUCAAGCACGGGCUCCGCCGUUGCUACGACCACCAUCGCAGACACUGAAUUCAGUCUCUAUAGUGGUGCUAACGGUGACACGACCGUGUACUCGUUCGUUGCCUCGGACACAGUCAAGAGCUUCUCCGGUGACCUGAUGGAUUUCUUUACAUAUCUCAUUGAUAACGAGAGUUUCUCCUCUAGUCAGUACCUGAACACUGUCCAGGCUGGCACGGAACCUUUCACUGGAACCGACGUGACGCUGACGGUGUCGUCGUACUCGGCUGUUGUUAACACUGGUGCUACUAGUGGAACUACCUCAGCGAGCUCGGCCGUGACUUCGACUAAGGAGCUUGUUGCAAGCAGCUCGUCGACCGAGUCUGAAACCACGGUGCCUACAGCUACGAGUUCUUAUAGUCAAGGGGAGAUGGCUGCUUCAGCAGCAUCCGGCACGGCUUCGUCAGUGAGCGGUGAGGCCGCGACUAAUAACACCACUUCGUCUGUCAAUGCUGCUGCUAGUACCUCUUCGUCUCAGAGCGGCGAGACCACGGCUUCUAGCACGACUUCGACCUGGAACGAGCAAGGGUCCUCUGGUAGCAGUGCGACUUCAACGACCACGACCACUUCGACAGCAAGUUCAACCUGGACCGAGACUACGGCUCCAAGUGCCAGCAUCUCCACGGUGGAGUCCACCACCACGAGUCCUACCACGUCGACGAUUACGGGUUCGAAAUGUGCCAGCCGUCGUGUUCGUCGUGCGUAAACUGAAUUGAGUCAUGAGUGUAUCCUGCUCUCGUUGGAUAGUACCUUCACGCUUUCAAGAAUUUUGCCAUCUUCCAGUUCUCCGCGAAUCAUCAAUGAGCGCGAUAUGUCGCUUUUACAAGCAUGUUGAAUGUAAAGUUCUGUUGAGUGCAAAAGUUGUUGAUGGCCAGCAUCUAAUGCAUACUGAUAAAGUCUGUGUAUGGAU